AUAUUUUUCUUCCUCCUUCCUUCAUCGGAAAAUCUCUCCGGCCAGAACAGUCUUCCACCACCAGCAAUGACGGAGGAGAGCGGCGCUAGGGUUUCCAGUGAUGCAUCGCAAACUAGGCAAAGAAAGAAAAGAAAGUGGGAUCAACCGGCAGAGUCAUUGGUUUCGGCUGGUUUAGCUGUGCCUGGGGCACUCCCAUUGAGCAAUGUGGGAUUGCUCGGUGGGGUUGCGGUUCCCGGUGUGAUUCCAGUGUCCGGCGCUCAUUUGAUCAAUCCACUUGCUGCCGGAUUUACUACUGUACCGCAGCCGUACCAGCCAAAGAUCCAAGAUGAGUUAAUAGCACGAGAAAUUGUUAUUAAUGAUGCAGAGUCUUCUAUUCGGUACAAGCUCACAAAACGCCAGACACAGGAGGAGAUCCAAAGGUGCACUGGUGCUGUGGUGAUAACAAGGGGGAAGUAUCGUCCACCAAAUGCAUCAACUGAUGGUGAAAAGCCAUUAUAUCUUCAUAUAUCUGCUGGGGCCAAUGUAAGUACACUUGAGACAACAGAACGGAUUUUAGCAGUUGAUCGUGCUGCUGCCAUGGUUGAAGAAAUGUUAAAACAGGGUCAGAAUUUACAUCCCUCGUCAUUAUCAUCCCUUUCUACUGUGAGUAACGGACUGAAGGAACCAAGCACAUGUGUAUAUCUAGGCUUUGAUGCGGACCCAUCAUUCAACAUUGCUGCUCGUAUACGCGGACCAAGUGACCGGUAUAUAAAUCACAUUAUGAAUGAAACAGGAGCAACUGUUUUACUCAGAGGGCGUGGAUCAGGAAAUAUUGAUAGUUUACAUGGCGAAGAAGGACAACAACCGUUGCAUCUGUUCUUGUCAAGUAAUAAUUUGAAAAGUCUCGAAGAUGCUAGGCUUUUGGCUGAACAUCUUUUAGAUACAAUCAGCAUAGAGUGUGGUGUCUCCAGGGUUUCAUCAUCUAAGGUUUAUAGUGCUCUUGCACCCCCACAGCAGGUAUAUAGUGCUGUUCCUCCACCACAUCAAUUGUUGGCUGGAGUUCAGAGUUCUGGAAAUGAGGUGAGAGCCAUUACAACUUUGGCAUCUGCAACUAUCGGUCUUGCACCAGCUCCCCUGGUUUCCUCAGUUGGGACCCCUGCGAUCACUACCGUUUUGUCUCAAGGGACAGUAUCUCUGUCUGGAGGAUUGUUAAACGUUGUGCAAUCUCAGGCAAGCAGUGGUGGUCCACAACCCCUAUCUGGUGGAGCAAUCUACAGUGGAUAUGGUGGGAUAUAUCCUCAAGUGACACCCUUACAACAAGUUGCCCUGGCCCUUAGACAGUCAACAUCCCCUAUGACAUCUACAAUUGCUCCCACAACAUCAGUCCCAAGCACCGAGUCAAAACUGAAUACGAAAUUUAGUUCUGAUUCUGAGAAGGAAAAGCGACCUCCACAAAGGCGGAAGUUUCAGGAGUUACCAGUUAGUGGUCCUGCUAAAGCUCAUCAGAAUUCGGACUUGUUAAGGCCACCUGAACUGGCGUCAGAUUUGGGUGUGAGGAAUGUAUCAACUAUGCCAGCUCCAAAGAAGUUGGUCCAGCAGGUAUCUAAUGGAAUGCCACCACCGCCACCCAGAACCAUGCCCCCACCUCCACCAAAAUUUACAUCAUCAGCACAGGCUGUUAAAGAGAUUGACAGGAACAAUGAUCUGAAGAAGACAAAUUCUGAUAACGUACCUGAUACUUUGGUCAAGCUUAUGGAGUAUGGAGAAGAUGAUGAUGACUCCGAGGAAACUGAUGAACAGUCACCCACUAGCAACUCUGUUGCAGUAACAGCUCAAAAGCCUUUCUGGGCUUUAUGAGUUGUCACCUUGUUGGUUAGUGGAGAAUGGUCAUACACAAUAUGUUGGGGGAAUGUUGGCACAAGAAGGUAAAAGAUGGAGCUAAAGGUGAUGACUUCUGCUGUAGUGUGUUUUCUGUGUUCAGGAUCUGUCUGAGGCACUUACUGGUCUUCUCUGGAAGAAUGUUGUAUCUUCUACUGAUUCUAGUAGGUCUAGGUUAGUAGCAUAGUUGUAGUUUAAGGGUGGUUUCUUUUUCAUUAGAUUAUGAACAUGCGUCAGACACUGCAGAUAUGUAAAAAUGACAUAACAUGCAUAUCAGUGUCUUCUGAGUAUAUUCGCUAUGAUGUUCAAU